UCUUGUGCGAGUUUAUACAUCUCCUGAGCGGCGUAACCACUGCAGGCAGGCGCGCACCAGAACGCACCGACAGCCCACUUGCUCUUUGUCACCACUGGAUCUGAACUCAUUCACCCUUUCACCACCACGCCGCCACCAUCAGCAGCAGCAGUCGAUUACACAAAGACACUUCAAGUAUCAAGGAGCCUUUCAUUUCCCCUCAUACACGUCUGGGAGUGAGAAAUGAAUCAUAAAACCCUUUUAUUGUGGAUUUCCCUUCAGUGUGCUGCUGCGCUCCUCUCAUCUGUUCUCGCGGAAAACGCUGUUUUAAAAGGUGAAGACGGUGGAUUCAAUGAAUUAUCCACAGACGGCAAGGACUCGGAUGGCGUCAUCAAGUACAACAUGAGGAAGAGUUUAGAUCUGGACCAGGAGGGAUGCUAUCUGCAGGCCGGCAACAAGGAGUGUCUGAAGGAAUGUAGCUUCAACGCCACAGCCAAGACUAUCUUCAUCAUCCACGGCUGGACGAUGAGUGGGAUGUUUGAAAGUUGGAUGCACAAGCUGGUGUCUGCAGUGAUGCAGCGUGAGAGUGGGGCCAAUGUUGUGGUUGUCGAUUGGCUCUCGCUGGCGCAGCAGCUGUACCCAGAUGCAGUCAACCACACCCAGGGUGUAGGCCACGAUAUCGCCACCCUGUUAAACUGGCUUCAGGAUGAGCUGCAGCUGCCUCUGGAGAAUGUGCACCUUAUUGGCUACAGUCUGGGCGCUCAUGUCGCCGGCUACGCAGGAACACAUGUACGAGGGACAGUCGGCAGAAUAACUGGUUUGGACCCAGCAGGACCAAUGUUUGAGGGUGUAGAGGAACAGAAUCGCCUCUCUCCAGAUGACGCUGACUUUGUGGAUGUCCUGCACACUUACACCAGAGAGGCUUUGGGUGUGAGCAUCGGUAUCCAGCAGCCUAUUGGGGACAUCGACAUCUACCCCAAUGGCGGUGAUGUGCAGCCUGGCUGUGCACUGGGUGACGUGCUGGCAGUGGCUGGAAAUUUCAUGGAGGUGAUGAAGUGUGAGCACGAGCGUGCUGUGCACUUGUUUGUGGACUCCUUGAUGAGCAAGGAACACAUGAGCUUUGCCUUCCAGUGCACCGACCCCGAUCGCUUCAAGAAGGGCAUCUGCCUCAGCUGCCGCAAAAAUCGCUGCAACAACAUCGGCUACAAUGCCAGGAAGAUGCGCAAGAGGCGCAACAGUAAAAUGUACCUGAAGACGCGAGCACACACUCCCUUCGGUGGCUACCACUAUCAGAUGAAGAUGCACGUGUUCAACAGGAAACACGCAGACAACGCAGAUCCCACUUUCUACGUCAAGUUGUACGGCGCCAAUAAUGAUACGGCCAAAAUGUUUGUUGAUGUCCAUGAUGGCGUCGUCGGCCUGAAUCUGACCAACACCUUCCUGGUUUUUACUGAGGAUGAAAUUGGUGACCUGCUGAAGAUCCACUUGAGCUGGGAAGGUGAAUCAGAAUCCUGGUCCUCUGUCUGGAAGAACAUCAGGAAAUCAUUCUGGACCUGGAACACUAAACCUCCCACGCCUGUCCUGCAAGUCCGUCGAAUUCGCGUGAAGGCAGGAGAAACGCAGAAGAAGUUUACAUUCUGUGCCGAAGAUCCCUCAAAAACUGAAAUUUCACCAGGAGAAUCCAUCACUUAUGUGAAAUGCCGUGACGGCUGGGAAUUUAAACCUAGAAAAAGGGUGCCCAUGUAACUUCUUGGCACUUUCAACAACCGAUGCGCCGUCACCACAGGGGACCCAACAAGGAACGGCAAGAGGCACUGCCUUCUCUUUAUUUGAGCACUUUUUGAUGAAGGAGGAUUGAUCAGCACACAAUGGGGAGGGGCCUCGGACUCUGGAAGGUUUGCUGUGGUCCCUGGAAACAUGAUGGACUCUGGGCUCUGUCCACCAUGUGAUGCUUCCAGGCUAGAAUUGGAGGCAAUCCUAAAAAAUGACAUUUUCCCUGGAGUUUCAGACUGUUACAAUACACAUUCUGUGCCAGGGGAAAUGCACCAGCAAACCUAAUCACUGUACUGUACAUUUUUAAAUAUUUUCUAUUUAUGAAAGGAAAAAAAAGCACUGCAAGACCAAUGUUAUUUAUCGGAGCACAUCCCAGAUGCAGUAUUUGUGUGCGUGUUUGUUUGUAUGUGUGUGCGCGUGCACGCAUUUGUUUGUUUUUUUAAAAUAUGUGGGUGAUUGUGUGUCUCUAGUCUAGUCAUGUGCCUUUCUGCUGAGAGAGAUUACUGAUACACUGUACAAAUGAAGGAAAUACCUCACAAUCUCCCCACACAAUCUUCCUGAGGUUUUGUGUGUAGCGUUACUGUCUCUGUAUGUGGCUUAUUUUUUUGGGUCGUGUUCAUGUAUAUAAUGUAAAUAACUCUUUUUGGAAAAAUAAAUUCACUUAUUUGUAGAAACGGU